GAGCGGCGCGGCGCGUCAGUCAGAGGAGAGGAACCAACGCGCGUGUGUCUGUCCGCGUCACCGGGAUCGAGGAUGGAGACUCGCGCUGUUUAACGGCUCGGUAACGCUCGCGCUGAUCUCUUCCAUUCACGGGAGCGGAGGAUCCUCCGUCGUGCGGAUUGAUUGAUUGAUUGAUUAAUAUCGGAUUUAACGGAUUUUGAUCCCGACGAUCAUGGGCUGCGUCACUGGAGAUAUUCCCCGGAGCAGACUUUACGCACUCCUCAUCGGGCUGCACGUCCUCUCCGGUGUCUCCAUCACGCACGGCUCGGACGCCCGGCGGUCUUUCGUGGAGCUGCGGUUCGUGCUGGAGCCCCAGGACUCGGUGACGGUUCGGGGCGGUGUGCUGCAGCUGGACUGCGAGGCGCGCUCGGAUCAGGGCGUUCCGGUCAUCUCCUGGAAGAAGGACGGUGUUCUGCUGAGCGCGGUGGUGGACGAGCGCAGACGGCUGCUGUCCAACGGGUCGCUCCUGGUGCAGAACGUGCUGCACUCGCGUCACCACCGGCCGGACGAGGGCUCGUAUCAGUGCCUGGCCACGCUGGAGGGCCUCGGAGCCAUCGUCAGCCGCACCGCUAAAGUCACCGUCGCCGGUCCUCUGCGAGUGGUGGUCCCCACCGAGUCGGUCUCGGCUCAUCUGGGUGACACGGCACUUCUGCGCUGUGAGGUGACCGGUGAGCCCAUGCCUGUGGUGCGCUGGCAGAAGAACAGGGAGGACCUGCCCUUGACCUUUGACCCUGACAGCAGAGUGGUCAUCUUGCCCUCCGGCUCUCUGCAGGUCAGCAGGGUCCAGCCACCAGACUCGGCCACAUACCGCUGCUUAGCAGAGAACCCCAGCAGCUCCCGCAGCGGCACAGACGCAGACCUGCGCGUCAUACCGGAGCCUGGAGUAGCGCGAGCGCUGACGUUCCUCCAGAGGCCUCAGAAGGUCACGGCUCUUCAGGGCAGGGAUGCGGUUCUAGAAUGUUCCGCCUCUGGUUUUCCCAACCCCUCGUUCUUCUGGAUGAGAGGAGACGAGCUGAUCCAGAGCAGAUCAAAGAAGUACUCUCUCCUGAGCGCCAGCAACCUUCUGAUCAGCAGCGUCACAGACGACGACUCGGGAACAUACACCUGUGUCGCUCACAACAGACAGCAGAACAUCUCUGCGUCCUGCGAGCUGUCUGUGCUCGGUGAGUUCAGUCCUGCGUGAGAUCCCUCAGAUCCA